GAAUUUUUAAUCAUCGAAACAAGACCGUUGUUGCUUGCUGUAGUUUAUAGUUUAGGUUUCWACCAAUCAGGUGGAUGCUGGCGGKCACGCCCCAAAUAGAUGAACGCAUAAACGCGGUUUUAGUGAUUUUGAACGUUUGCUUUUUUCAUCAAAUCAAGUGAUUACGAAAAAAAAAUCUAUUAAAAUUGUAACCAGACUCACGAUAAUUGUGAGACGGACCGCAUACUGCCUUCACCUGGCCUUACAUAGAAUGUUUAUAGUUGGACUACUCAUCGAUACUAGACAGCACUGGCAACGUUAAUGGACAUUCGUGUUACAAGGCGAGUCAUCGCGUCAGACUGAAAGGUUAUUAAAAUACAAGACGUGACAAAAACGUUCUCUGACAACUCUCUUCGCUCCAUGGUCUGUAGUCGAUUACAUCUCGCUGUAAAAACCAAGUAAUACAUCAAUCUCCACUACCAAGUCUUUAUGCGCCAUUGAAACAAGUCACUUUAUCAAAGUAGUGUCAAACAUCUAAAACGCGCGGGUGAACCACUUAUAUCCUGACUUUAUCCUUCAWUGUGAUUGGUAGUCACUUUGGUUAAAAAUAUCAGUAAGCCCAGUGUCUAGCGCAACAGCAUCGUCAAUCAACGAAGAUCGAGAUUCGACUUCAAGUGAGUCCACUAUUCUUGUCAUAGAAUAUUAGUGAAAAUUUUCCACUUCUACACAAACCUGUGAUCGUUURAAGGAAGACCCGUGGGUUACUCAACCACUUUAUAUCACACCAUAGACAUUCUCUUUUUCGCUGAUAAACGGAAAUGUGGGAAUUGGGKACCGGCAAUUCAUGGGCUCUCGGCGUCUUAGGAUUWAUMAUAACAGUGGAAAGUCUAGUUGUGUGCUAYAUGGUGUACCGUUAUCGCAUCCUACGGACUUAUACCAACGGUUUUGUAGUGUCACUUUGCUUAUCAGACAUUUUGUUCGGCGCUGUCCUCCUGCCUGUCAUGAUCCAUAACCCCGCUUCACUACAAACUGCUUACCUGAUCGCUGGAAUCCUAAUGGCUAAUGUUACMAACAUGUUUGCAGUAACACUGGACCGUUUUCUCGCCGUUAUGAAGCCCUUGAUUUAUCAUGUCACUAUGUCGAAACACUUCACUAAAAUUUUAGUCAUAACCUGGGUWCUGCCAAUUGGAAUAACUCUUAUACCAAUAUCUUACGAUGGAGAUCGCUCUAACCCAAUCCACAGGUACUACUUAUUCGGSAUUCUUAUUAUCGGUAUCUUAAUCCCGUACAUAUGCAUCUUGGUGGCUUAUGUCAUGAUAUUUAGAGAAGUAUCGCGUCAAGUUCGCAAUCUCGCUAAGCUACACACUUACAGACUUCAUCCCGACGCUGUCAAGGAGGGAAAGAGAGUAACUGGUGAAGCACGCAUGGCUCGGGUUUUUGCCAUCAUCUCGGGAGUUUUUGUGAUAACAUGGCUACCAGUUGUGUAUAUGACAACCGUGGAGGCAAUAGAUGCUAGUAAAGUUCCUGCAUUAGCACCAGACAGUCUUGUCAUAGUUUCGUGGUAUACUCUAUGCUUGGGCUCGCUUAUUAAUGCUCCGAUUUACGCUCUUUUCAAAUCCGAUUUUCGCAAAGUUUUCCAAAAACUUUUACGUCUAAGAAAAACAAGGUUUCAAUAUAUGCAAGAAACAUCUGGCUCCUUUAUUCCCGCUCACAACAUGUCUGAACGAUCAAAAAAGACUGAAAGUGAUAGCAAUCAAAAUGAAAACGAGAAGCGGUUGCUACCACCGAAAUCUCCCUGAUUUGCUGGCAAAAAUGAGGAGAAAAACAAGAGGAUGGUUAUAAUGAUGUGCACCCUGCAGGAAUGACGACCUCUUGAGUCAUUUCACGGUCAAUUGUWCGUUGCCUGGGGUAGAUUCCCAACUACGGCGACGUGAAGUAGAGAAACAAGAAAGAGCAUAUUGUACGUUGUCGAGAUAAACCAAAUGAAUUCACUGUUAGUUGCAUCGAUGAGUUCUAUUUCUGAUAAAAUAUUAGUUUUAAUGUAAACUAUCCUUCAUUAACAUKCCAUCAAGAUGUAAMAAAAAGGAACAGAUAGCAGCGUGCAACCAGGUUGCGUGGAUUAUUCGCGUCCAAAAGGCACUAGUUAGGAAUAUUUACAUGCAUUUAUUAUUCUUAUAUGUUUAGUGGUUAUUAGCAGGCUGUUUUCUUAAACUACUCUUAUCAGGAUAAAACGUCUAGGGUUUCCCACCAUGUAAAUAAGGCCACAUGUUGCACAGUGUACGAUGGUGCUUAAAAUUUGCUAAUAAAGGUGUAUAUGAAACGAUGA